AUGGGUCCGAAGCAGAAGCCUAAGCAGAAGCAUAAGCAGCCGGUCGUUUAUAAGGAAGAUUACGUACCAAUUAAAACAUUAAUCGACUACGGUAUAGACGCUGAAACUGUGAAAAUACUGGGAGAUGCUAAAAUCUGGAAUAGUCUUCUGAUCAAAAACAACAAGGAGCUCCUCGCUGGAGUCGAAGGUUUAUCAGAGAUUAAAUUUGACCCAAUCUGUGAAGCAGUUGACAAAUUAAUGGCUUCACUAACCUCCCAAGUUCAAGUCUUCACUCAGACUGUUUUACUUGAAAACAUGCCCCGUAAAAGAUGCAUGUCAGAAUGCAUUGAAGCCUGUUACUCACUUGAUGAGAUGCAUGAAACUUUGUCUAGGAAAUUUGGCCAGUCAUUCAAAACAACCAAGAACACGUAUGACUACUUUUUAAAGGGUAGACAUGGAAGUAAAGCUUACAAGCAACUUUCAUUGGUGCGGGCUGCACAAAGAAAAUCAGAGAAACUCCCUAAAGCUCAAAGCCAGAAGCAGCAGCAGCUCAAAGUUGACAAAGUCUGUGAAGCAGUUGACAAGAGUAAGCUUGAGAAGAAGGAGCAAGCGGGACAUCAAGUUCAAAGUAAUGAGCACAUGGAGCAAGCUGAAUCACUUCUUCCAAUUCAAGAUGAAGUUGAACUUCCAAAACCAACUGAAGUUCAGAGUAAUACUGAGCAGGAGCAAGAUGGAGAUCAAGUUCAGAGUAGUGGGCAGAAAGAGCAAAUUCAAGAUGAAGUUGAACUUCCAAAAUCAACUGAAGCUCAGAGUACUAGUGAGCAGAAGGAGCAAGCUCACAGUGAAUCAGUUCUUCCAAUUUUGACAGCUUAUUAAUUCUCAGAAGGAGAUUUUGGAAGCUAUUACAUCUCAGAAUAAAAUGUUGGAAUCUGUAAUGAACUUGCAAACUGAGAUAGCAACGAAGGAUGAUCUAGAAUCUCUUGAGAGAGACUUAGAGAGAAGACUUGAAGCUAUUGGUGAAGACAUAACACUCCAAGUGGCAAAUGGUAUUCAAGAAAUUUUAACCUCUGCUAGUAAAACAUCAGUCGAUAAAUUUGAAAAAGCUGUUACUUCAAAGGUUAACAUUAGUCGAUGAA